GCUUCGCUCUUUCCUUUUCCUUUUCCUUUUCCUUUGUUUUCCUCUUUUAAAAACAAAAAAAAAUUCUUCCCUUUUUUUUUAAUUUUUUCCUUUAUAUAUAUAUAUAUAUAUAUAUUAACUUUCUUUUUCACUGUACUUUUGAUAGAAAGAAGCCAUUCAUUUCCUCACCCAAGGUUUUUUUUUUUUUUUUUGAGAUCAUCAUUGGAUACAACAGAUACCUCGAAAAAGAAGUGGAAAAGUUCAUAGAAAAUUUGAAAUGGGAUCAUCUUCAGGGCAAAGUAGUGGAAGUUAUGAUCUUUCAUUCAAGAUCUUGUUGAUCGGAGACUCUGGUGUCGGCAAGAGUAGUUUGCUUGUUAGCUUCAUUUCAACUUCUGCGGAAGAUCUAGCUCCCACCAUUGGUGUGGAUUUUAAGAUCAAGCUGUUAACUGUUGGUGGCAAGAGAUUAAAGCUUACCAUUUGGGAUACUGCUGGACAGGAAAGGUUCAGAACCUUAACAAGCUCUUACUACAGGGGCGCUCAAGGGAUCAUUCUUGUUUAUGAUGUAACACGGAGAGAGACCUUCACAAAUUUGUCUGAUGUUUGGGCCAAAGAAGUGGAGCUUUACUCUACCAAUCAGGACUGUGUCAAGAUGCUUGUAGGAAAUAAAGUUGACAGAGAUUCCGAAAGGGCUGUAACUAGAGAAGAAGGCGUUGCACUUGCAAAAGAGCUUGGAUCCAUGUUUCUUGAAUGCAGUGCUAAAACAAGAGAAAACGUGGAGCAAUGCUUUGAGGAGCUUGCAUUGAAGAUAAUGGAAAUUCCAAGCCUUUUGGAAGAAGGGUCUUCUGUAGGAAAGAGAAACAUGUUAAAGCAGAAGCCAGAGUACCAGGCUUCUCCCGGCGGUGGUUGUUGCUCUUAAAUUGCAGCGAUAUUUGAGUUGUUUUAACAUGAAGCCAUGUUUGGUGGCUUUAAGCUUCUACCUUAACUGGUUGUGAACAGAUCAUGUAUAUGAUUUAUUGGGUUUCCUAUAGUGCUGUUUGCCAUAGAUUAUUGUAUCAUCACCACUGGAAUUUAACUUGUGUAAAUUUGUUUGCCUUCUGUAGCUUGUAUUAAAAACCAGAUUGAUCGUCUUUCAUUGAUUUAUUUGAGUAGAUAUUGUUUAAA